AUGAUGUAUCGAUUUAUAUUCAUUUUGAUCAUCAUUUUAUUCGGUACGAUUGAAUGCAUUAAAAAUGAUCAUUUAUUCAUACGAAAAACAGAUCCAUCUGUUUAUAAUCGUUGGUUACCACCGGAUAAUUAUCCAAUCACCGUUAAUAUCAGUGUUAUUUUAUUCGGUGUUGCACAGAUUUAUGAAUUGAAUAAUGAAUUUCAUUUAGAUUUAUUAUUACGAACAUCCUGGAUGGAUAAUCGUAUUGGCAUAUCGAAUUCAACAGAAACAUUUACAACAGAUUCGAACAAUCAAACAAUAAUAAUACAAGGUGGUGUAUGGCAUUUAAAUCGUAUAUGGUUACCACCAAUUUAUAUUGUCAAUACAAAACAACCAAAUAUAUUUAAUGAUCCGAAUGAACAUCCAGUAUUAGUACAAAUCCGACAAACAAAUGGAUUAAUAUUAUUAAGUAAACGAUUAACUAUUUAUGGUCAUCAUCAGCUUGAUUUUCGUCUUUAUCCAUUUGAUAUACAACAGAUUCGAUUUGAAAUUGAAACUAAUGAAUUAAAUAUUCAUGAUCUUCAAUUACAAUGGUCAUCAUCAAUUUAUUUUAAUGAAAAUUUUGAUUGGAAUGGUUUUGAAUUGAUUCGUUAUCGAUUAAUUGAAACAAAUACAACCUAUAUACAUACAGGUACAUAUUCACGAUUGAUUGCAAUAUUCUAUAUUCGUCGAAAAUUUACACAAUCAUUAUUGGAUGUUUUUAUACCGAUCGCUUUGUUUGUUAUUGUUAGUUGGGGUUCAUUUUGGAUUGAAAUUACAGCUGCACCUGCACGUAUUACAUUAGGUGUUACCAUAAUGCUUACAAUGGUUACAAUGGCACGUUCAGCAAGAGAAAAAUUACCCGAAAUUUCCUAUAUUCAUUCAUUAGAUAUAUGGAUUUUAUCCUGUAUAAUAUUUGUAUUUGCAAGUAUUGUUGAAUAUGUAUCUGUUAAUUAUAUUUAUCAUAUGAAAAAACGUUUUUUAGCUAAAAAACGUAAACAUUUUAAUAAUCUCAAUGAUAAUGAUAAUGGUAGUGAUGAUAAUACUUAUGAUGAUCAUAAAUCUUCAACAACUUUAUCAUCAGCAAAUGUUUCGAUUGUUAAUUUUAAGCAUCAUAAAGCUAAUAACAACAACAACAACAACAACAAUAUAAAAAACACAUUGAAAAAACGAAAGAUUUGGAGACGAAUAUCAAUCGAUAAUGGUGAAGAAUAUGCAUAUGAAAUUGAUCGUCGUUCAAGAAAAUUAUUUCCCAUUUGUUUCAUCAUUUUCAAUUUAAUCUAUUGGAUUACAUUGUAUACUUUAUCAAAAUUUGAACAA